AUGGCGCCUCUGCUCGGUGCGCCGCUCGCGGCGCCCGCGCAGGCGCCGCACGACCAGGCCGCAGUGGAUCGCUUCAACUGGCGGGACCUGUGGCGCUUCACCGGACCAGGGUUGCUCAUGAGCGUGGCGUUCCUGGAUCCUGGGAACCUCGAAGCGGACAUGCAAGCCGGAGCGAAGACGAGAUAUGCGCUGCUCUGGCUCCUGGUCCUUGCCACCGCCAUGGGACUAGCCCUGCAGCUGCAGGCGGCGCGCAUCGGCGUGGCGACGGGCAAGCACCUGGCGCAGCACUGCCGCGAGGAGUACCCCCGCUUCUGGCGCCUGUUCCUUUGGGUCACCACGGAGAUCGCGAUCGUCGGGUCGGACAUCCAGGAAGUCAUCGGGUGCGCCAUCGCGGUCCGCGUCCUGACGGGCGGCGCGGUGCCGCUCUGGGCCGGCACCAUCCUGUCCGCGCUUGCCGCCUUCGGGAUGCUCCUCAUCGACGGUCUCGGCGGCAUGCGGUCCAUCGAGGCCCUGUUUGCCGUUCUGCUCUCAAUCAUGGCGCUGUCCUUCACGGCGAUGUUCUACGUGUCCGGCGUGCCCGUCGAGGACGUCAUGCACGGCCUCGUGGUGCCCGUGCUGCCGAAGGGGAGCCUCCUGCAGGCGAUGGCGAUCAUAGGGGCGAUGGUGAUGCCGCACAACUUGUGGCUGCACAGCGCCCUCGUGCUGUCGCGGUCGUCGCGGCGCACCCCGGGGGAGGCCACGGCGAUGAUGAUCGGCGACAGCCGGCACGAGAACGGCAGGCCGCUGCUGGACGACGACGAGGACGACGAGCCGGACGCCGCGGAGCCGGCGGACGAGGCGGGGACGCUGGGGGGGAUGUCGUCGGGGGGAGUGGCGCCUAUGCACCACGGGGAGGACCACCUGCCGGCCGUGCCCGGGCCGCUGCAGCUGAGGUAUUUCUCGAUCGAGUCGGCCGCUGCGCUGUUCGUGUCGCUGAUCAUCAACGUGUGCGUGGUCAGCGUGUUCGCCCACGGCAUGUACGACGUGAGCGGUGCGCGCCCGCGCAUGACGGACGUCGGGCUCUUCACGGCGUGCGACUACCUCGUCGAGCUGUUCGGACCGAGCAUGCGGUGGAUCUGGGGGCUGGGGCUGCUCGCGGCAGGGAACGCGAGCACGAUGUCGGGGACGCUGGCGGGGCAGUACGUCAUGUCGGGGCUGCUGCGCCUGAGGAUCCAUGCGCAGUCCCGGAUGUUGGUGACGCGGUCGGUGGCGCUGCUGCCGACGCUCGCCGUGGCGGUGCUCACCCGCGACGGCUUCGACGAUCUCAACCAGAUCCUGAACGUCGUGCAGUGCCUCGUGCUGCCGUUCGCGCUCGCGCCGACGCUCGCGGUGGCCACCUCCCCCCGCAUCAUGGGGGAGAUGGUGUGCCCGCCGACGCUCGCCGUGCUGUCGUGGGGACUCGCGGGCUCCACGAUCUUCAUCAACUUCGCCCUGCUCACACAGGACGUGCUCCCAGUGGCGCGCCAAGACCCUUGGCUCCUCCUCCCGCUCAUAGGGGGCUGCGCGCUGUACUCGGCCGCCGCGUUGCGACUAGCGACCAUGCUGCGAGGCAGCGGCGCGAAAGCACGCGAGCGGGAAGGAGGGUGCAAGUGGUUGCCGCGGCGCGACGCUGCAGGGUACUCGGUCCAGAACGGCCACGACGGCGAGGACUUUGAGGGCUGGGCGGCGUGA